AUGUAAGAAUCGAGCGAUACAAAGUUGACGCGACUAAGACGAGCACGGCAACGAGCUACGCAGAUGACGGAGAGCGGUUGAUCGCAUACAAGCGGGAUCCGUUCCGGCGUUCGUUUAUACCAAUUUUCUUUUUCUUCCUCUCUUCCUGCCAGCUUAUUCUCCCUUGGGGUCCCGCCCCUUCCUUCGCUCUCUUCUGUCGGAGGAUCGGGAUGGGUCGUCCCCCGCACGGCGGAGGCCCCGUCUUCCGAUUCACUCAGAACGAGAACAAUUUAUGCUCAACUUUUCUUCACCGACAGAUUUCCUCCAUGCCAGCUUGUAGUGUUGGAGAUGGAAGCAUGCUUGCAAGAAGUAAAUAAUGCAAUACCUCCUCGUGAGAUUAUAUGUGCUCUUGCAGACAAAUUCAGUGCAACCCCUGAACGAGUCGGGAAGAUUGUCGUGCAACCGAAGCAGGUUUGGAACUGGUUCCAGAAUAGGAGAUAUGCACAAAGAGCAAAGUUGGGCAAGGCACCUAAUAAACUUACCAUUUUACCUAUGGCUCGGGAUGAAUCACCUCCAUUUACAAAUGUGGCUGCUCCUAUUUCUGCUCCUUCAGGGCGGAAUUCUACGGAUAAUGCUUUGGUGGAGUUCGAAGCAAAGUCAGCCAGGGAUGGAGCAUGGUAUGAUGUUUCAGCAUUUCUUUCACACCGAAUGUUUGACACCGGUGAUCCGGAAGUUCGGGUUCGAUUCUCAGGAUUUGGUGUGGAAGAAGAUGAGUGGAUCAAUGUACGCAGAUGUGUUAGGCAGCGAUCACUUCCAUGUGAAGCUGCUGAAUGUGUUGCUGUACUUCCAGGAGACCUCAUCCUAUGUUUUCAGGUGUUGUCAGCUAUUCUAUGUUUGGAAGGAAAAGAACAGGCUCUUUAUUUUGAUGCCCAUGUUCUUGACGUACAAAGACGAAGACAUGAUAUACGUGGAUGCCGAUGUAGAUUCCUUGUUCGUUAUGAUCAUGAUCAGUCUGAGGAGAUAGUUCCACUGAGAAAAGUGUGCAGGCGUCCAGAAACUGAUUAUCGGCUACAGAUGUUGCAAGCUUCAAAAGUAUCUGGAGGACCAGUUGAUCUGCAGGCCGCAGCAAGAGAUCUGACUCCAAGUUCAUCCAAGGAUUUCGGGUUACAAAGGACCCGAAAGCAGCGCAAGCUAAUGGAUGUCAACACUGAUGAGGUAACCAUGGUCGCCCUUUCUCAUCCAAAUGAUCCUGCUAGCUUGCAGGGUGACAAUCCAGCAGCAGCAAUCGAGAACAGUAGCAGCACCCCUUCAAAUGUCAUGAUGGAGGAUGCUGCAGUCAACAUGGAGAGCAUCGACUCCUAGCAAGAGGGUGGUUGACACAUUGUAUUUUGUCGCUGAAAUAUUGUAGCCAGAUUUAGUGGUAAAAAAAUGGAGAUACGCUAUGGUAGACUGUUUGCACUCUGCCCAUGUAGAUGUAAUUUCUUCGGAUUACAGGCUAGUUUUUGGCGAUGUUUAUUUUGUGGUUUGGAAAGGAGAUUAAUGUUUAUAAUCCUUUUAUUA